AUGGCCACCCCACGGCAUAUCCCGGCGGAUCAUUUACAUAUAACCGAGUUUGCAUCCCGGACAUAUUUCGACAAGCUCAACCAGGAAAACAAGUCGAAUACCACCCAUGAAACGCAGACGUCACAGCCGGGACCUUCAAUAGCGCAGUCGGAAUUUAUACUACCUCUGCGGCAACAGAAAGCUUUUGACGCAUCUGAAGCUGCUCAUCCCGAAGCGCCCAAGAAGAAGAAGGCAUUUAGGUUCUGGUCCUCGAAACAUGCGGCCUCGUCCAUAGUCGGGUCGGACCCCAGCUUGAGCCAAGUCUCGGCUGAUGGCUCAAGAACAAGCCUACCGUUCGACCAGCUCUUUAUCGCAUUACCCGUCGAGUUGCAGGUUGAGAUCGUAGCUUCGUUGCCACUUUCCGAUAUCUUGAAUCUCAGGUCAGCAUCACGAGCAUGGCAUAGCAUGAUAACAUUAAACGAGGUGCCGAUUGCCAGGUAUCACCUGGAAAACAACACUCCCGCAUACGCCAAGAGGCUGUAUCCGUUGCCUGACGGUGCAAAACCAAACUUGCACCAUCUCUGCGGUAUAUGGCACCGCCUCCACGUGGCAGCCAAGUUGGCAUAUUUUAUUUGUGAGAGAGUCACCAAAGAGAUAUUCUUGAGGGUUACCGAGAUAGAGAGGCGCGAAUUUGCUCCCUCAUGGGAGCGCAUGCGGCGGCGCCUCAUCCCGCUCAUCUUUACUAUUUUCCACUUUUUCGAGACGUACAGAGAACGGCACCUCCAAUAUCUUAUUGAUAACAAGGGAGUCGGCUUACGUCAUACACCAUAUACACUCAACCCUAUCGAGGUCGAGGUCAUGAACAUGUACGAUGAUCGCACACUGCUGCAUGUGCAUCAGGUUUUUCCUCUGGUGGUUUCGUCAUUCUGCAGAAGAUUACGGCCACCAUCAUACGCCGGUAGGGUCGAGCGGACAGUGAGAGGUUACCUGAGAGAGAAGCCAGCGGAUGAGGUUCAUGUUGCUGCACUCAUCGUCGGCGGCUUGCGCCAGGUUGAAAAGUUUUGGGAGGUCAAGGGGUAUAACACUCGUCGGACCGUGGUCGAUAAUUGGUACAAGAGCGUCAGCCAGCCAACGGCACCCGAACCAACGAUAUCAUCCAAAACCAAGCGAAGUUUGAUGGGUUUGGGUAGGAAAAAGUCUAUGGCAGCGAUUCCCAAAGACAACAAGCCCAGUGAAGGCUCAUCAGCAGCUACACGGGGAUCGAUAGACUCGGGAUAUGGCAAUGUAAACAACCCCAUAUUCACAACCAGCCUGGCUGAGGGAAUGCCCAUGGCUACUUUACCAUGGGAGCACCUACAGAUGUUGGUUCCGGACCUGCCACCUCUACAACAGAUGUGGCUCCAUACUGCCGAAGCCUUGAUCCUGGAUCGCAAGAUCGUUCAGCGUCCGGCAGAGAUCAAACGAAACGCGCAGAUGAUGUUGGAGCUCAUCAGCGAAGGUGGCAUGGCCGAGGAGGACCAAUGGUGGUACGGACAAGGGGGUUCAGACUCGAUCAGGCCACCACUCGAGUCGAUAGAGGACGACCCGCUCGAAUAA